CGCACAGAUGCGGGUUAGACUGGCGGGGGGAGGAGGCGGAGGAGGGAAGGAAGCUGUAUGCAUGAGACCCACAGACUCUUGCAAGCCGGAUGCCCUCUGUGGAUGAAAGAUGUAUCAUGGAAUGAACCCGAGCAAUGGAGAUGGAUUUCUAGAGCAGCAGCAGCCUCAGUCCCCCCAGAGACUCUUGGCCGUGAUCCUGUGGUUUCAGCUGGCGCUGUGCUUCGGCCCUGCACAGCUCACGGGCGGGUUCGAUGACCUUCAGGUGUGUGCUGACCCAGGCGUCCCUGAGAAUGGCUUCAGGACGCCCAGCGGAGGGCUCUUCUUUGAAAGCUCCGUCACCCGAUUUCACUGCCAAGAUGGAUUCAAGCUGAAGGGCUCUACAAAGAGACUGUGUACGAAACAUCUGAACGGAACCCUAGGCUGGAUCCCAAGUGAUGAACCCGUCUGUGUGCAGGAAGAUUGCCGCAUUCCGCAAAUUGAAGAUGCUGAGAUUCAUAACAAGACAUACAGACAUGGAGAUAAAUUAAUCAUCACUUGUCAUGAAGGAUUCAAGAUCCGGUACCCUGACCUGUACAACAUGGCUUCAUUAUGUCGCGAUGACGGAACGUGGGACCGUCUGCCCAUUUGUCAAGGCUGCCUGAGACCGCUCACCUCUUCUAAUGGCUAUGUGAACAUCUCCGAGUUCCAGACCUCCUUCCCAGUGGGAACUGUGAUCUCCUACCACUGCUUUCCUGGAUUCAAACUCGAGGGGUCGGAGUAUCUUGAGUGCUUACACAACCUCAUCUGGUCGUCCAGCCCACCCCGGUGCCUUGCUCUGGAAGUCUGCCCGCUACCUCCCAUGGUGAGUCACGGCGAUUUCAUCUGCCACCCGCGGCCAUGUGAGCGCUACAACCACGGAACCGUGGUGGAGUUUUACUGUGAUCCCGGCUACAGCCUCACCAGUGAUUACAAGUACAUAACCUGCCAGUAUGGGGAGUGGUUUCCUUCCUAUCAAGUCUACUGCAUCAAGUCAGAGCAAACAUGGCCCAGCACCCAUGAGACCCUCCUGACCACGUGGAAGAUCGUGGCGUUCACGGCGACCAGCGUGCUGCUACUGCUGUUGCUUGUCAUCCUGGCCAGGAUGUUCCAGACCAAGUUCAAGGCCCACUUUCCCCCCAGGGGGCCUCCCAGGAGUUCCAGCAGCGACCCCGACUUCGUGGUGGUAGACGGCGUGCCCGUCAUGCUCCCGUCCUAUGACGAGGCUGUGAGUGGCGGCUUGAGUGCCUUAGGCCCAGGGUACCUGUCCUCCGUGGGCCAUGGCUGCCCCUUACCCGUGGACGACCAGAGCCCCCCAGCAUACCCCGGCUCAGGGGACACGGACAUGGGCCCGGGGGAGUCAGGAACCCGUGGCAGCGUCUCAGGCUCUUCGGAGCUGCUCCAGAGUUUGUAUUCACCUCCCACGGGCCAAGGGGGCCCCCGCCCCGCUUCCGACAACCCUGACACAGCUCCCAGCACGGCGGGGGAGGUGGCAUCCACCAGCCCAGGCAUUGACAUUGCAGAUGAGAUCCCUCUAAUGGAGGAAGAUCCAUAACUGGAAAAAGUCCCGAUGAUUCU